AGUUAACAGGUGUUCGUCCUGCGGCGCGGUUGUGUGUUAGUUAUUUGUUCUGAUCGUGUUAUUUCUUUUAAAUUAGUGUAAAAUAAAAAUUAUAAACUUGUGAUAAGUAUUGUUCAAAGUUGGCGAAUGCUACUCGAAUUUAGUGUAGUGUAGUGUAUUGUAUUGCAGUUCUGGAAAUUGACAACACCUUUUCGUGAUGGGCGAUUACGACAGAAUUCACAGAAUGUGUCAAAAACGUGGUGAAUUAUGGGAAGAUCCCGAUUUUCCAGCCACCCAGUCGUCAGUGUUUUACCACCAAAAGCCUCCAUUCCAAUUUGUGUGGAAAAGACCCAAGGAGAUUUGUAAUAGACCGGUUUUUGUCAGUGAUUCUACGUCUCAAUUUGAUAUCAGUCCAGGGAAAAUGGGCGAUAAAUGGCUUGUAUCUUGUCUGGGCGUACUGUACCUUUGUAAAGGUUUGUUUUAUCGUGUAGUGCCGGCUGACCAGUCGCUUUCUAGCGAAAAGGAGUAUAGCGGCGUUUUCCGGUUUCGUUUGUGGUGGUGUGGCGAGUGGAUGGAAGUGUUGGUUGACGACAGACUUCCAACUGUUAACAACCGGCUAGCGUUUUUGCAAUCUACACAUACCGAUCAGUUUUGGCCGGGACUGCUGGAAAAAGCGUACGCCAAAUUGCAUGGUUCGUACGAAGCCCUCAAGUAUGGUACUCUUCUGGAUGGACUUGCUGAUCUGACUGGUGGAAUCACAGAGAGCAUUAAUAUCCGACAAGACCAAGCCACUUGCGGUAGAAUGAUUGGGAAAAUGUUGGACAUGACAUCUAUUGUCACAUGCACAGUACAACCAGUCUCACCUCAGGCUAAUAAAAGCGUACCAGAAAAACUAACAAACGGUAUUCAGAUCGGAAUGAAUUACAGGCUGUGCACCGUGGAAAGGUUGGAAACAUACAAAAACGAGCCAAUACAAUUAUUCAAAUUGCGACAGCCCGGCGGUACCGGCUCUGAAUAUAACGGUCCGUGGUCUAGGGAUUCCGACGAUUGGGACAAUGUUCCGCACAAAGAAAAAGAACGUAUAAAUGCCAUUCAUUUGAUGGAAGGAGAAUUUUGGAUGAAUUAUAACGAAUUUGUGAAGACAUUUACGCACGUUGAAAUGGUACACUUGGACAGCGACACUAGUCGAGACGAGCCAUCUUUGCAUCACAAAAGAACGUGGCAAAUGCGUCUACAUCAGGGAACUUGGCAAAGAGGUGUAACGGCUGGAGGAUGUCGAAAUAAUCCAGAAACUUUUCACAUUAAUCCACAACUCCAUUUAAUUUUGAGUGAAAUGGAAGAAGUUGUAAUUUCAUUGAACCAACACAGCAUUAUGGAACCUAAAGUGAUCGGUUUUACGUCGUACUCGUUACCAAAAGCGUGUAUGGAUUCGACGGGCAAAGAUUUCUUUAAAAAAAAUAAAUCGCUAGUUAACUCACAAUACACGAACAGCAGACAAGUAAGUCAUCGAUGCUUUUUGGACCAAGGUGGAUAUUUGAUAAUACCUACUACGUUUGAACCUGGUCAAGAAUCGGGGUUUACAUUGAGAGUGUAUUCGAGUAAACCAUUAAAACUCAAAUUACUUGAUACGGUUCCUUCGCUAUUGAAAUCAGCAAUAAUGAAAGCACCAGUAAAUUUAGAUGGUAAGACGUUUGUCCAAUACGAAUCAGUGUUCCUACAAUUAGCCGACGAGCACAGGACAGUGAAUGCAUUUGAACUCCAAGAACUCCUAGACGCUUGUUUGCCAAAUGAUUAUAUAAAGAGUUGUGCUAGUAUGGAAGUCUGUCGGCAAGUAGUUAUCACCUUGGAUAGCACAGGCAGCGGACGACUAAAGUUCAAUGAUUUUAAAGACCUAAUGUGUAGCCUUAAGUAUUGGCAAACAGUGUUCAAGAAUCAUUCAAAAGACAAGACUGGCAUUCUGAAAGCUGAACGAUUAAAGGACGCUCUGCUCGAGGUGGGCUUCCAGGUGAACACCGAAGUAUUGUCAAUCCUCAUACUGAGAUACAUGCGAAAAGACGGCACAUUAAGGUUCGGUGAUUUCGUUUCUGCAAUACUGCACCUGAGCAUAGCGUUCAAUUUAUUUGAGUCUAAAGAUCCGCUUCUCAACGGUAACAUCAAGCUAAAUCUUGCCGAAUGGCUUAAAUCCGCGUUCGUGUGCUGACGAGCACCAGCGAUCCUUUGCUCAAUCCAUUUUUUGUUUGACAAAAGCCUAAUUGUGAUUAUAUAAUUUUGUACCUUCCUCGACUGUAAACUUUUAUUUUAUUUCGUUACGAAUAUUAUUAUAAUCACCUUAUCAUUUAUAUACGCCCUUCGAGGUAAAACGGACAAUCAUCCUAGUUUAAUUAUUAUAAUAUAAAUUAGGUUGCGAUUGCUGUUUGAAGUUUUAGUUAUGUUUUGAGCCAGAGAACCAAUGUAUAAUUAUAAUAACGUUUUACUUCCAUUUCGACGUUACUAUACCUAUUUUAAAAAUAGUUUAUAGAUGAUAUUAUUGUUUGUUUUUUUUUUAAAUUAUUAUUAUUAUUAAAUUUAACUAAA